AGGAUACCAGAGCAAAACAUCCAGACUGAACAGUUUGGGUACCAACAGAGCUUGAUUCACAGGGAGGGUUGAGGAGAGAAGGAAAGACCAUUGAGGAAUCUCCCUACAGAGUAAUCUUUGGUGCCGAAGCAGGAAAUGGAGACUGCGUAUCUGAAGAGAUGCCUGGGGAUAUGCUUAGCAGAAGGUCUCGCCGAAGUGGCCGAACGUCGGCCACCGGACCCAAUAGAGUACUUGGCCUUCUGGAUUUACAAAUACAGGAAGAAUUUGGAUGAAGACUUCCUGAGGAAAAGGGAAAGGGAGGACCUGGAGCGUCAGUGCGAGGAAGCCCGAAAGGAAUUGGAAACGUUAGAGAAAAUGAAAGAAGAAGAACUUUUAAUCCAACAGAAGCUCCAAGAAGAGAGACAGGCGGAGCUGGAACGAGAACGCGAGGAGCUGGAGAGGCUGGAGAAAGAGCAGGCAGAGAUGCUCAUCUUAGAGCAGAAGCGGAUCGAAGAGAUGGAGGCCAAGUUAGCAGCUGAAAAGGAUGCACAGUCCAAAACCUUGGCUGAGCUAACGGAUAAAUAUGGCGCUCCCCAUUUGACCCGUGUCGAGGAGAUAGAUGAAAUGGAGCAAUCUGACCAUGCCCUGCCAACUAUUGCCGAGUCAGAGGAAGAAGACACAGUGUUGGAGUAAAGGUUUGUGCAUUUUUGCCACACCUCCACCUGUUUCCCUGGAUGCUGAGAACUUCAGAGCUCUCUGGAAAGGACCCGCGGAGAAGAUGGCGAUUUGCGAAGCUGACAAGU